AUGGAGAUUGAUUACCCAACCUUCUUCUUUGCUUGCCGAGUCUACAAGGCUAAGUACUUUAGAAGAACAACCUUCAUGGAAGCCAAAAGCUAUCAAACCUCUAGUUAUGCGUGGAGGAGCAUUUUACAAGCUAAGCCUUUGAUUCACAAAGGAGCAAGAUGGAUCAUAGGCAAUGGAGAAAAUGUUCGAGUUUGGAAGGACCGAUGGCUUACUGAAAAUCAAAGUCCAUCUCCAACAGGUCCUGGUGCCUUAUUGUAUCCUAAUUUACUUGUCAAGGAUCUGUUUAUACCAGGUACAAGAUCAUGGGAUAUGCAUAAAAUCCAAUCUCUGUUUCAAGAUCAAGUUGCGCAACAAAUCCUCAAAGUCAGACCUAGCUGGUCAGGAACCCGAGACGUUCUAUACUGGCCAGCAAGUAGAUCCGGAGUCUAUACGGUUAAGUCUGGAUACUACAUUCAAAGAGAAAUAGACCGAGAGGAUCUACAUGAACAGGUUCCUUCCUCUCCCCAUACUCAGAUACAACAUGCUCUUAUUUCUAAAUUGUGGAAACUAAAAAUACCACCGAAACUGAGACUGUUUUGGUGGAAAGUUCUUCAUAACGGCUUGCCUGUUGCUGAUAAUUUAAAUAAGAGAGGGAUCAGGAAUUACAGCUUAUGCCAAGUCUGUGGAGAAGAAUUAGAAACUGUCCACCAUAUGCUAUUAGAAUGUAGAGUAGCUAGAGAAAUUUGGGCUUUCUCUCUUGGAGAAGUACCUGAACUUCAGUCGUCUGACACAGCUGCUCUACACUUCUUUAAGUAUCUGUUGGACAGAGCACAUUCUCAGAAUAAUUUACCUUUCUUCAUAGGCUGGAGGAUUUGGAAAAUGCGCAACAAGUUAGUCUUUGAAAAUAAGAGAGACCACAUCAUUCACACAGUCCAUGCUACCAUUACUGAUUAUCAAGUUUGGAAGGAUGCAACUGAGCGAAACAACGCCACGUAUGAACGUAGUCUACACACAAUGCAAUAUCCUAUCGCCGACAUCCUUCAACAACAAACGCACAACUACUGCAUUGUAGACGCUUCAUGGAAGUCACCAACCGAAAAGGCUGGGAUAGGAUGGUCCUUGUUUAGCAAAGAAGGCAUCUCUUGGCUCCAAGGAAGUUCUGCAAUAGCUCCUACCAACUCGCCGUUCAUAGCAGAGGCAAUGGCUAUGCUGCUAGCUGUUCAACAACUCCAUACUUUGGCUUACAAGGACGUGGUAAUUCUAGGUGAUUGCUUGGAAUUAAUCAAGAGUUUGCAAGCUAUUUCAGGUGAGCAACUCCACAAGCAACUUCAGAUCAAUGAAGCCUACUCUAUUCUCCAAGAUAUAGCUUGCAUAGCUGAUAAAGAUAAGUUUAUAUUCCACUAUGAACUGAAUGAACUCAUCUACUCUUCUAGUAUGUCUGAUGCCAAAGAAGUUGAGACUGGAAUCAGACAUAUGAAAUGGAUCAAAGGCAUUGCCAUCUCUUGUUCACAGUUAUCUUCUGACCUGUCUGCGUCUUUCUGUUCAUCAUCUGAUCCUGAUUCUAUUCUUCCAUUUAUUCGGGCACUUGAUGAGAAGCACCAAUAG